AGAGCGACACUUGUGGCGUGACGAGCGUCUCAUGGCGUCAGGUCGUCGGUGGUUUUGCUGCGGUCGGUUGCUGGGUGCCUGCUCGGUGCGCUCUGGUUCUGCAGUGCUCCCGUUUAUCGAAUUUUUCCUGGCCGUACGUGCGUCGUUGAAGCCAGCACCUUGAUGCUCACGGUCGCCGCUUGAGUAAUUCAGUGCGCAAACAGAACAAACGCUGCUUCCAUCGCAUAGCCGCUGUUGGCACUCGGAAUGCCGAGACUUGACACCACCGCUCGCCUAGAAACCUCGUCCGUUGUUCGUGGGGCCAGGCCGCUCCAUUCUCUUGCGCGGUUCUUCGCGCCGCGCAUGUCAGUGCAAAAGUGCGGCGACUAUCUGUGCAUCGUGUAAUAAGCUUCGCUCCCUCGUCGCUACUCAAUCUGGCCGGGGACAUGGAAACACCGCCACCUGUUACGACGUCUCCCAUUCUUCACGUCGUCGUGGUCGGAUUCCAUCACAUAAAAGGUUACCAGUUGGAGUAUGCAUAUCCUCCCCUGAUCGAAGGAGGCACUUUGGACAGUCAAGAGUUGCCUGAACCUUGGAAGCAUUUGCCGUCGCUUGCUUUGCCGGAUGGAGCGCAUAAUUACGAAGAAGAUACCAUUUAUUUCCAUUUGCCUGCUCUGGAUAAUCCCAAGCAGUCCAUCUUUGGGAUCUCCUGCUAUCGACAGAUCAAUGCAGAGAAGCUGCUUCGACGCGAAGCAGACGUGACAAGAAGCUCGGUGCAGAAGAGUGUGUGCGUACUGAGCCGGCUUCCGCUCUUUGGUCUGAUACAAGCCAAGCUGCAGCUGGUGACCCACGCAUACUUCGAGGAACGGGACUUCAGCAAGGUGUCCCUCCUCCAGGAGACCUUCCAGAACCUCAAUUCGUUGCUGUGCCCAGAAAUGCUCCAGGGCAGCUCGACCUUCCUCGGUCUUUCGUCCCGUGACCUUAUUUUGCAUUUCAAGCAUAAGGCGGUGCUGCUUUUCAAGUUGUUUCUCUUGGAGCGUAAGGUACUCUUCUACAAGACACCCGUAAAAGAUCUCUGCUCCACAAUUCUAACCCUCUGCUCACUUUUCCCAGGCAUGAUGGAGAGCGGCCUGGAAGAGUCGGCGUCCACGGUGGGUCUUCGGCAACUCACCUCUGAGCUGAGGCCCGAAGAGCACGACUUUCUGGAGGUGCACCUGGCUCCCGGACACUCCCCGAGCGAGCUCAAGCAGAGCCUGGAUGCCGUCACCACCGAGAAGGGCAGGCAGGAGGAUUCCACGGGAGAACCCGCGUCGCCGCUGGUCCCCUCCAAAGAGCAGCGCUCUACAGAGGACCUGAGCCUCCUCUCCCGAACCAUCCGCAACUCCGAGACCAAAAGCCUGGCCAAGCGAGCAGAGUCCGUCGAGGCCCCCUCGGAAGACACAAUGCCUUUUAGCCACAAGGCCAGCUCUGAAGAAAAAGCGGAGAAGCCUGCGGAGAAGCCUGCUGCAGAAUCGGUUCGCCUGUCGCUUGGUUCGGUCGGGAAAGAGAUCUUCAGCAAGAUCCUCCCGGCAGGGCUCGCCGACAUGGCACACCUCAACCGAACCUCUGCAGAUGAUGCUGUCUUCGAGCAGGAGGACAAGUUGGUCAGCGAAAUUGAGGAGCUCCUCGACUCGGACCCCAAGGAAAAAGCAGAGAUGAGGUCUAAGCUGGAAUUUGUGGAGCGUGAGGACUCGGACGUGGCCAGGUCACCCAUCUCUCCCUCUUCGAACAAGGGAACCCCUACAACCUUCGGCAAUGUGGGCUCCAUCUGGAGCAAGCUGCCUUCGGCCAUCUACAGCUUGGCUUCCAAGGACUCCCCUCUGGCUGGAAUCGGUGUCGGCGGCGUUGCGACGACGGCCGUCGGGGGACCGGGCCCCGAAGAGCGGGAACCCUUCUCUGAGCUGGACGGCGCGACGACCCCCGAGGACGGGGAUGCGGGGCUUGUGACGCUCCACCUGGGGGAGGGCAACGGGACGGCGGCCAACCGGGAGCAGGAAGACCUCCUGCUGCGGAGCAUCCCCAAGGUGCUGGCCCUGACCAACGAGGAGUGCGGCCUGCCCCUCCCCGUCUUCACCAAGGGUUCCCUGUGCCUGCCAUACGUGUCCCUGCCCAUCAUCGACCUGCUGAGUGACAUCAGCGUCCGGAGCUGUGUGGUCGGUGCCACCAACGACCUCUUCAAGCAGAAAAAGCACCUCUUUGACGUUAUCGUGGAGGUGGACGAAUGCAAGAUCAACAUCCUGGACAACGACUUGCGCCGGCAGCUGUACCUGACCAUGGAGGACCUCCGCUUUGCAGACUACCUGGUCAAGAAUGUGCUCGACGACAGCAAGGACAUCUUUCUGGACACCACGUGCUGGCAAGGUGGCGAGGAGUGGCUCAGGGCCCAGUUUAAAAUCUAUCUAGUCAGCCUGCUGAGGACAGCACAACUCGAAGAAGGAAGCAACAGCAAGGAUCAAGAGGCGUUCAACACGGCCUUCCUGAGCGCGUGGAAAGCGACGCACAACUUCAAGAUCUGGAACAGUGUUGCACAUCCCUGCCUCAAGGACAUACCCACUGGACAUUUUUACCGGGGACAGUUGUCGGUGGCUGACAUGAAGCUGCGGAUCGCCCACUCCAUCCAGAGCUCGGAGAGGGGCCGCAAGAUCAACCAGGCUGUGGUGUCCACGGGACGUGUCGUGGCCCAAACGACGGGCAAGGUGGUCGGAGGGGCGCUGACGUCUGCCAAGUCCGUGGUGUCGUCGCUGUGGUCCCACUUCAGUCCCCCGACACCUUCGUCCUCCGUGGAUUCCGUCCCGUCGGACGCCUCCAGGGAAACUCUAGAGGAGUGACUUGACCCGUCUGCCCAAGAUCUCUCCCUCUUUCGGCCUUCCCAAACCGCUGCCUAGAGGACCGUCGCCUGCUCGAAAAGAACGUCGAAACCGCUUUUCCCCGACGAAGGGCGAAUUGUACAGCCCGUGUAUGCAUGUGUGUUCGAUUAAUUUAAGUUGCAGUACUUUUUUUCUCUUUCCAUAUGUACAGCGGAGUAACGGCUUGAAUGGUACAGAAUGGGAUAAGUUGUAGAGAGGAGAGGACUGCCCCAUAGGCAAUUGCCAGCGUCUUCUGCGUCCGUCGGGGGUCCCUGGAGGGAAUGGAACGAACUGGCCCACUUGUACAUAAGGUGAAGUCUCGCUGGUCGGGAGAUUGAACGUUUUUUAACUUAUUCAUUAAAUGGGUUUUAUUGCGUUUCCGCCGAAAUAAAGAAAGUAUAGCUAUGCUCAGUACGGGACAAGGGCUCGGAGGUGUUUGCCUGGUUUGUUUUAGAGACGAGAGUAUAUCGGAUUUCGGUUAAAAACUCCCAGGGUGUCGGACGUACGGCCGAGGUUCUACUUUUUAAGAGUUUGUUCUCCAAUGAACUAAAUGGCUUUCCCUCGGUGAUUCCAAAGCUUAGGGCAUCAUCGCCUUUCUUUUUCUGGAUCCGCAAGGUGUGAGAGGAGCUGGGUUUUUAUGGCUGCUCGCGGAGCUAGUGAUAUGGGUUGAGAAGGUCUCAGUGUUGCAGUUUUCAGUGUGAUAAGGUUCUUUCUAGUCACGCACGUGAAGAUCACUUGUAGGCUACGUGCCUCGUCUAAGGUCAAGACUGUGUCUGCGAGCCGGGCCGACGUGGGGUCUGCCGCGACCGUUGCUGCUCCCGUGCAGGCGUUCGCUUUCCCACGAAGAGCCCCGCUAGCGCGUCCCCAGAAUUCCGACGACAUCCUUGCAACGCUGUGUUGUGUCUCACAAACCAUAUGUCCCACCGUAUGUUUGACCACGGCUCGUUUGGCAAUUUCGUGGACCUGUUGUGCGGUCACAUCUAAUCAAAAAUAAAAUAAUUAAUAAUUUG